AUGUUGAAUCCAUCAAACGACUCUUAUUCCACUUCGUUCUUACGAAAUAGUUCGGCUGAUGCUUCUGAAAAUGAACUCGAGUUUGAUGAUAAAGCUAGUAGUAACGAUACUGAACCUGAUGACCAUUCACAUUCACAUCGAUCGAUUAUUGAUGAAGAUGAUGAGGAAGUUAAAAUGGCUAUCAAUGCUCUUAGUGUGAUGAAAACUGGUGGUCCUUCUCGUCCUACCUUUGACUUCUCUCCACCCACUACUCAUCGUUCUACCGGAUUCGAUCAUCAUCAUCAUCAUCAUCAUCACAAACUCAAUUACUCUGGUGAUGGUCCCACACCUUCUCAUCACCACCAUCAUCAAGUUCACUCCAAUCUUCGGUCUUCGAGUUACUCUGAAUCUCCCAUCGGUUUGCAAGAAUCACAAGGACAUCAAUCUCAUUCUUUUGUUGCACAUCCUACCACAUCAAGUACCCGAGAUACGCCUAUUGCUUUGUCAUCCAACCCGUCUCGAUCGACAGCUCCUCAAUCUGGUCGACCCCUUAAUCAAGCUCCCCCAGGUGGCUUCUACCUUGACGCUGAAGGAAAACCAGUUGAUGCACAUGGUCAUCCAGUGGAAGUCAUUCAAGUUGAAGACCCUGAAGGGGGCAUUUUUCUUCAACGAGUCGGCCGUAUGCCAUUGGUCAGUGGUGUAGUGCGUGCAUAUGAGAGGGGAAAAGGCACCAGUCGGGUUGUAAAAUAUGGUGCAGAUUUGGUCGAAUCUUCGGUCACCUCUCUUUCUGGACGAGUAGCUUCAACAGUCGGUCCAGAGAGAAUCGCUCAGAUUGAUCGUUAUGCCGGUGCAGCACUUGAUCGACUCGGUCAAAUCGGUGGCAUUCCGCCGCCUACAACCUCUUAUCGAGGCAUACAGCCCACCACAUCUGACGCUCACUACCCUGAUGAUGGGAGAGAUAUGCCUUCGGUCCAAUACGAUGAGGAUCGUUCGGGCGUCCGAAAGAGAAAUCUGACUAUCACUCCCUCUAAUGUCAAUUCAACGAUUUAUGGCGAUGGAGACGUUCAUAUGACUCACAAUGGACCUUCUUCACCCACGGAUAUCUCACACCACCGUAAUCUUCAUGAGCAUCACCGUACACACGACGAAUCCGAUCUUGACACUCCCGCUGCGUCGCCUGGUGGUCGACUUGUUCAGGUUGCCAACACUGGCCGAAGCAGAUGGCAAAAUAUGCUUGUUGAAGCCGGUAUGACUGCUGGAGGGAUUGGAGCAGCGGUUAGCGAAGAAAGUAUGAAAAGCCUCAAGUACUGCUUACAUUGGCUGCAGUAUGCCUCAGCACAUAUGGACCAUCAAAUCACUGUUUUACGAGAUUUUAUAGCCUCACUCAAUGUCUCUGGUAGCUCUUCCAAUGCUCUGAUCUCUCCUAGUGCGGUCCGAACAUUGGCGAAUAUCAAGAAAGAGAUUGUGGAAACGAUCAGAAAAGUAGUAGAUGUGGUAUCCAAGUACGCAGGAGGAGCAUUACCUGAUCAAGCCAAGCAGUUUGUUCGGAAGACGAUCCUUAGUCUUCCUAUCAAAUGGGCUUCCACAAUACAAGCUGAAAAUGGUCUUAAUCCACGCAAAAUGCUUGCUCAUGCUGGUACGAGUCAAUCAGGCUUAGACAGCGGUCAACACUUUCAGGCUGAUAGAAACGUAGCAUCGACUUCUCAGGGCUCUCACACAACACGUGGUACUACUGAGAUAGCAGCAGACCGGAUCCUCUCCUUUGCCGUAGAGGGUCUGGACAUGCUCAAAUCGGUUACUGGCACCUUUUCGGAAAGUGUGGACCGAGCAGAUGCUUGGGUUGAGAGGCUGCGUAUCAUUGGCAUCCAGCAUCGUCAGCAACGCGCUUCAAAUGUGAACGAAGACCAAGCCGAUCAUCAUCAACCUAGUUCUGUGAAUCAUCCAAGGCCAAUCUCACGGCCUCUGAGGGGCAGGGAAAAACAAAGCGUGAUCAAUGAACCCAACAGGCCACGCUCAGAUUCAACGAUGAGCGGGAUGACAGAUGACAUGAUUUCAUCAUCUUUGUCACGCGAUCACGCUUUCCGUCGGUCUGGUGUAAGGAGUCGUGAUUCAUCAGCGUCGACUUGUGGUGCUACUAGCAGCAGUAGUCACGUGAGCGGUGGUGAUCACUCGACUUGUUCGGUCAAUACUUCCAAUACUACCAUCACAACAAACACGUCUGACUCUGCUCGGGAGCGUGCGUUCCCGGAUCGAGGAGUGGUAAAGAGAAGAAAAGCUAAUCGUGGCUUGCCAACCACAUAUGCAAGUAAUCCAGUGGAAUCAUUGGACAUUCAAACGAUUCACCCUAUCAGAGAGAACACAAAUCAAAGUAGAUCAACUGGAAACUCAAGUUUAUCGUCUAGUCUUAAUCAAAGUGAAAUGAAUGAAGGAAUUGAAAGACCGACUUCAACUCUUAAACAUCUUUUAAAUGAUGAUAAUACCGAUGGACACGGGGAAUGGAAUGGAUGGGGUGAUAAUCAACAACCGACUUGA